UGCAAGACUUUUAACCGACAAACAAUUUCAGUGUGCUAACAAAUGACAGCGAGUAAGAAGCAGAACAGCGCUUGGUAAAUUAGUUAACACAUCAUACUUUGCAAAGUACUUGACUGUACCGUUGAGAUUACAUAAACAAGUUCUCGCCUGUAUACUUUAGUAAGAAUGUCAACUGCUACGGAAAGAACAGCUUUGUUAGCAGAUAAAAAUGUCGAAGAACAAGAUACGACCGACGUGGAUGGUUCUACAGACGAUGGGAACGAGAAGCAAAGCAGUUUUGUAACCAUCUUCUCCAUAUGGAACGUAAUGAUGGGAACGUCUUUGGUUUCUAUGCCGUGGGGAUACACUGAGGCAGGACUUGCAACGAGUUUGGUUGUUCAUGUUGCUAUGGUGACGAUGACGGUGUAUACUGCGUACAUUAUCCUGGUAUGCGCUGCUAAUAUGGUUGAUCCCGUUACAAAGAAAAUACCAGAGUUAAUCGACAUGUGCAGAAUAUUGAUCGGACCAUGGACGAUUUGGUUGAAUAUAAUUGGUUCAAGCAUUGUAUUUGGAGGAGCUUUAAUAGUUUAUUGGAUUCUGAUGGUGGAACUUCUUUACAACUCUGUAAACUCAUUUUACUACUUUAGCGAUCCAACCACCAACCAUACGAUAUCUACAUUGAGUCCUCACAAUGUUACAUGUCAACUACAUGCAGACUUACAGCAAACAGGAAUACCAGAGUGGUGGAAAAAGUUAGUUCUUCCAUUUAUCUUCAUCCCAUUAUUUCUACCAAUUCUUCAAUUACGAAAAAUCACCUUUUUUUCGCGAUUGGGAGCUUUUGGGACGUUGUCAGUUGUCAUUCUGAUUAUAUCUGUGAUUUAUAAAUGUGUCACUUGGGGGUUUAAUGCAAACUUCAAUGACACACACAGCAUCCACUAUAUACCUCAAUUUAAAUCCUCAUUUCCUUCACUAUCUGGGUUACUAGCUAUGGCUUUUUUCCUCCAUAAUUCACUAACCACCAUCUUUAAACACAACAAGUAUCAAGCUAACAAUGUUCGUGAUUUAUUUGCUGGAUAUACUUUGGCAUUUCUGACUUACACUGUGAUUGCUCUUUCCAUCUACCUCGCGUUCCCUGGCCCCAAGUCUUGUAUUAAACAGAACUUCUUGGACAAUUUGUCGUACAAUGAUGAAGUUGCACUUGCUGCUCAACUGGUUCUUUUCCUGCGAAUGUUGACUGUAUUUCCAAUAGUGGCAUAUAUCUUUCGUGUUCAACUUUUUACUUUGAUCAGUGGAGUGGAAUAUCCUGGAAAAUUCCAGGUGGCUAUAUUCAAUGUCUUGCUGAUAACAUCGUGUGUGUUAUGUGCUGUGUUCUUUCCUAAUGUUGGUGACAUUAUCAGAUAUGCUGGUGCCUUCUGCGGUAUGAUGAUUAUGUUUGUACUACCAUGCACUGUACGAUAUAUCUACAAACGAAAGCAAGGCACUACUAAUAAUAUUGAAACAAUAGUGUUGGUGAUUGUUUCAAUACUUGGGGUGGUGAAUUUUAUCGGCCAGUUUACUGUUUCUGAUUAACUCGAAAUGAAGUUUUUAUCUGUAAAUAUGUGAACUCUAGCAUUUUACUUUCACCUCAUUUUAAUCAAAAUAGUUUUUGUUUCAUUGCUGUUUUUAAAGACUAACAUUUAUUUGUGCCAUCAGAUUCACUGUUUUAUUAUCAAGGAAAUGUAUUUUAACCUUUAUGACCUGUAUGAAGCGUGCGUGGUGUUAUAAUAAACCUCAAGGAAGUUAUAAAUUUAUUAAAAAUCUUAAAAAACAAUA